AUGAGUCAAGUAACAAUAUAUGUCACAGAAACUGAAUAUAAUGAUUUUCUACGUGGUAAACGCAUUUUACAUGGAAAAUAUAUUGGUGAAUUUCCUAGUCUUGAUGAUUUAAUAAGUUUAACAACAAAAACGGAAACAACAAAUGACUUAGAUGAACUUGCAAUGAAGAUAGUUAGUGAUGCAGAUGCUGUUAAAAGAAAAUAUCCAAAUAAAAAUAAUCGUGAAAUUUCCAAAACAAUCGGAAAUAUGUGGCGUGACUUAUCAAAUGAAGAGAAAAAAAAGUAUCGUAACCAAGCAACAGAUUUAAAAAAUUCAUAUUUUCAAAAGAAAAAAAGAGUUAAAAAUGGCCAAAGUGUUAAUCUUCAAGAUAAUUAUGGAACAACAAAUCAAAAUAUUAAUAUAGACAAGACAAGUGUUAUUAAUAUCAACAAUAAAAACACUCCAAUUAAAAUUAAUAACAGUUUUUCAGAAAAAAAUGACAUGUAUUUAAAUUUUGAAAAGAUCAUUUUGGACAUAUUUAAACUUUGA